AUGAAUCGAACAAGAACAAACGGUAGCGGGCGGAGGUCCGUUUCUGCUCCGAAUAUUAAUUCCAACUCGAAUUCAAACUUCGGACUUCCAUCUAGAGCUCUUCAGGAGUCAGUUAAGUUCAAACAAGAAAGAAUAGCAGUACUAAACACAGAUCCUUCGUCUAAAUCGUUUAUCAUAUGGUUUGGUGUGUCAUGCUAUUUCCCUGUUAUUAGUGCUUGCUUAAGCCCGUUAUCUAAUAUGAUUUCAAUGGCAGGGGCAGUUGACCAUUGGAGGAUCAAUCCAGAAACGGGACAUCAAGUUGAUGACCCGAGCAGUGUUAGAACUUUGAAUAUUAUAUCUUUACUGAGCGGGGUCAUUGCUAAUUUUGUGCUUUUGUUAAACUUUUCUGGCAGGCUAGGAUACGUGAAAGCUCAGCUCAUUUGUAUUACGGCAUGGAUAGUAGCACUUGUGGUGCUAACUAUCGCAUUAAUUAUGUGUACAACACGGGACUAUGAUCAAGGAUAUCAGAGAUCGAUUGGGUAUUGGUUUGCCGUUAUAACGGCGUGCCUGUAUUUCAUAUGUGUGUCCUUGCUUUCCAUUCAUUUUAUUGGGUAUCUUAAGAAGAAGUACGCAGCUACAUUCAACCUUUUGGAAAACGAACGAUUAUUGAUGUCAUUUACGUUUGUUUUCUCAAUUUGGUUUCUAUGGGGCUCGGCGCUGUUUUCACGGUUGCUACAUCUCACUUACGGUAAUAGUUUGUAUUUUUGCGUUGUGUCUGUUUUAACAAUUGGGUUGGGUGAUAUUUAUCCCGAUACAACGGCUUCCGAAAUUAUGAUAUUAAUAUACUCGCUAAUUGGUGUUAUUAUUCUUGGUUUGGUUAUUGCGAUGAUUAGUGGAAUCGUGUCCAGCUCAUCGGGCCCUAUAUUCUUCUUUUAUCACGUCGAAACGCAACGUACCCGUCUUUAUAAGAAGUAUACGGAAAAUCCAGACCCUAACUUCACUGAUUUCAAAGCCUUCGAAAGUAUAAGAAAUAUCAGAGAACGUUCAAAAAGCCGUCAACAUAUCCAUGCUAUCAUACUAUCCCUUUUCUUGUUCCUAUUGUUCAUAUUUUUAGGAGCGUUAGUGUUUUAUCUCGCAGAAUCAUGGAACUACUUUGAAUCAUUUUAUUUCUGUAUUUUAAGUUUAAUCACAAUUGGUUAUGGAAACCUAUGUCCAAUUACGGGUUGUGGGAGAGCAUUUUACGUCCUUUGGUGUAUUGGGGCCGUGCCCUUGAUGACCGUUUUAAUUUCCACUGUUGGUGACUCUCUAUACAGAUGCUCCAGAACCAUUGAUAGAAGGAUAAGGCGAUAUAUCUAUUUUGAGAAGCCUUCAGAGGCACAGACUCUGAGUUUCAAAAAUAUCAUACUACAAUUUUUAUCGCCUCGGAACUACCCCCCAAAGGCGGAUGAAUCUGUACUUCCAGUUUCUUCAGCUACUGAAGCAAGUGCUAGUGAUCCUGUAGACCUUGAAAGAAAUUCGGGUAAUGACAUUUCCACUCUGUCUGAAACAAGUACGAAGAGCAACUCAUAUAGCGCAAGGCGCAGAAGUAAUAAAGCCCGUCUUCUUUCUCUUGAAGACACCAUGAAGGAAGAAUCACCUUUUGCCAAAAUCACCGAGAUGAGAAAAUUAUUAGAUGAUUUAAAAGAAAUUGAUGUUAUAUCAAUUGAAAAUGAAGAUUAUGAAUUCACUUAUGAACAGUGGGUUAAAUACCUACGACUCGAGAAACGUUUAAACCAGUCACAAUCAAAGCUCUUUUGGAUUUCUGAGGAAUCUCCUCUCCGAUAUCCUUUCAAGCAAUCAUUAUAUUUGACAUACCGUCUUUCUGACAUGCUUAAUGAAAUUUUAGAUGAUCUUUUAGAAGAUGUCGAAAUUGGGGAAAUGAAAUCCCAUGAUCAUACUUAA